AUGUCACAGUCAGCCAAUGCAGUACAGACUAAAAGAGCAAGUUGUGAAGAAUGUGGGGCAGAUCACAGUACAGUAAAUUGUCCAAUUCUUAUACAAGGUACGGAACACGUUGACUUCAUACAAGGGGGUCAGCGCCAACAAAAUAAUCCAUAUUCUGACACCUACAACCCUAGUUGGAGGAAGCACCCGAAUUUUUCCUGGAGCAAUCAGAAUCCCACUGCACCACAUGGUAGAGCACCAGGUACAUUGCCAAGCAAUACAGAGGUUAAUCCCAAAGAACACGUCAAAGCAAUUACGACUAGAAGUGGGGUCCAAUUACCUGAGUUCCAUGUUAAGAGGCCAACUGCAAAUAAGGAAAAAGUACCCUCUACUGAUGAAGAGCAUGCAGAACAGACUAAACAAACAACAGAUACAUCUAUCAAAAAGAGUUCAAAUACACCACAAGUUAAGAUGCCUAGUUACGUCAAAUUCUUGAAAGAUAUUUUAUCUAACAAACGCAAGUUAGAAGAACAUGAGACUAUAAUGUUGACAGAGAAAUGUAGCGCCAGAAUACAAAAGAAGCUACCUCCCAAAUUAAAAGAUCCAGGGAGUUUUACUAUACCUUGCACUAUAGACGAUUAUUAUUUUGAUAAAGUUUUAUGUGAUCUAGGUGUAAGCAUUAAUUUGAUGCCAUUAUCUAUUUUUAGGAAACUGGGCUUGAGGGAGGCUAAAGCAACUACAAUGACUUUACAGCUAGCUGAUCGGUCUAUCACGCACCCAAGAGGAAUUAUUGAGGAUAUUUUGGUGAAAGUGGACAAAUUCAUCUUCCUAGCUGAUUUUCUCAUUCUUGACAUGGAGGAGGAUAGGGAUAUUCCACUUAUUUUGGGUCGGCCAUUUUUAGCUACCGGUAGAGCCCUUAUUGAUUUUCAAAAAGGUCAAUUGAUUUUGAGACUUGGUGAAGAGCAUGUCACAUUUAAUGUGUUCAAGGCCAUAAGAUAUCCAGCAGAGUCAGACAGUUGCUUCCAGAUCGAUGUGAUUGAUAAUACAGUAAAUGAUACGCUCCAGUUGCAUAAUCCACCAGAUCCAUAUGAGGCAUGUAUUAUACACUCUCAAUCUACUCAAUCUGAUUCUAAUCAGAUUGAAAUAUGUGCAAGAAAUCUUGAAGCUAAUCCUCCAUAUAGGCGCAGACCACACUUUGAGGAAUUAGGCACUGGUCCUACAAAGCCUUUGCCAUCAAUUUAG